UAAAACUAAAAUGGAUUGCACGGUUGGCAUAGUGGUUAAGCUGCUGGCCGCUGUGGUCCAGGUUCGAUUCCUGGACACGGACCAUAUGUGAGUUUGAGUUUGUUUGAUGUGUUUUUCUCUCCCUUCCCACGAGGGUUUUUCUCCGGGKCCUCCGGUUUUCCUCCCUCAGUAAAAAUCAACAUGUGAGGAGUGUUGUGUGCUAAAGUACUUCAUGCAGAGGUAGUGGAGAGUGAGUAUGAGGGCCACAAGUUAAUCAGUUCUUCACUUUCUCGUGUAACACUCUUAAAAAUAGUUGAUUGACUGAGUUUAGUUAAUUAAGGUUGAAGAAAAUAGGAAACCUUUAAUAGUUUCCUUUAAUUUUUUUGUUUUCGUUUUUCGUUUUUGUUUUUCAUUUUGUGCCCAUAGUCAAAACAAAUAUGUAUAAAGUUGAGUAACAAAAAGUAAUACGAAAAGUUCAAGUGAAGAACUAAGAAUGGUUCAAGAGGGUUAACAUAAGAUGAAUUGUCAAAUAUAGAGUUUGGGAAUUACGAAAAGAGGGCAACCGGCUGCGUCUUGAAAUACGCUUAUUUCACUUUCGGAUCAUGGCAUCAUACAGUGUCAGUGUACGCUAUAUUGUCAUAAACUGCAAGACAUAGGAACUAUAUAUCAAAUCUAGCAUGAUUGUCGGUGGAUUUUAUCUUGAAGAUUUUGAAAGGGAAAUGGACAAGACUUUAGAAGGUGGUGAGUUCGACGAAAUAACAGAUUUCAUUACACCUUAUAACCUGAUGAAGUGCAAAACAAACAGCCUGGAAAAGUCUUUGGAGGUUAGUCACAAGCUCAAGUCUUUAGCCGAUAGGGGUGGACCUGACUCUGAUGACUUUGAAAAUCUGGCAAACACAGUCGAAGAUUUUGCAAUUGAGCUUCUUGAGCCUUUGAAACGCGAUGACAUAAGGAGAGCUAUCUUUGAAGGAGAUAGCUUUGACCGAAUUGCUGAAAAAAUCGUUGUCUUUCGUCAGAAAAAGUUCGUGUCUCAUCCCGUUGUAUACAAUCUUCUAAUGAGGCAAUGGGCAGGAAUGUUUUAUCAUCUGAGAUACAGCUCGUUGACAUCUUUAAACUGGUUCAAAUGGUUUUUAUUGAACCUUUGGACCGUCUUUGACCUUGUUCUCUUUCCGUUGACGUUUGCGAUUCUGUAUGUUAUUCAUCGGAUCAAAAGAAUUAUGAAACACCGGCAAGAUCACGGCGUUGUACUGAUACUUAAUUCUACUUGGAAUAAAGAAUACCUUCAGAAAAUGCGGAAUUUGAGCAGCAACAUACUUGGCGAAUGUGAUCAAAAUCACAUCAAGUUCGCUUCUAUCUUGCGUCACAAAGAUGGCAUCAUAACUAACACCUUUAUGGCAAAAGACAAGGCCAGGUCUGAAGUAAAGAAGAGAACUUGCAAAAUAGCAACAGAUAACAACACAUUGCAGUCAUGCCUGGAGAAUGGAAAAGAGAUGCUUAAAAAAUUCAAAGCGCGAAAUUCAAAUAAGGUACAUUCAAAUUUGCUACACCUAUGUAAAAGUAUAUUUUUCAUAAUUUAUAUUAGGGAGAUUCAAAGUGGAGACGCUGUAUAAUUUAACUACUGGUGGUCAUCAUCUAUUCGGUUGAUGCAGAUCCCGGAAGGGGCUCCUGUAGGCAGUAGACAUGCUCUUUUCCAAAUGGCUCCAAACUCUAAUACGGAAGCUUGAAUCUAAUUCUUUAUUGACGCUUGUUAUUAUUGAUGGGAAGGGACCUGUUUCCCUUUUGGAAGCUUUUUUUUUACUGUUAGUGUGGCUUAAAGCAGCAGGAUAUGUGAUCGUCUUAUUUACUUCCCAGCAAGUAGCAUGAUUUUAUAGUAAAGCAGUUGCCUUGUAGAAAAGUGUACCAUCAAGAAUAGCUGACAUACACAAGUACAUUUAUGGCAGAUUCACUGGAAGAAAAUCGCGCACCGUAAAGGUUUAUCACGCUGGGAAAUUUCACAGUCAAAUGUGGCCAAGUUGAGUCCAUAAUAUGUUGGUCAGCUGUAACACCCCACACUUAGCAUAAUACAACAAUGAAACUAUGAAACAAUUAAAGUUUUUUUUAUAAACGUUUGGAACGAAAAAGUAA